UACACCACUUUCCUAAACAAGGAAACAUAGGAUAUUAAGUGUUUGGUAAUGAAAGCCCUUUUCAUGAACCCAUUCUUAUAAAAUCAACUCAAACCUUGGCUCUCAACCACAAACAUGGCCAACUUAUUGUCCCUCUUUACUCUUUCUCUUCUCACCACCAUGUCACUAACCAUUCCGGCCGCGGGACACUUUUGGAAAUCCGUCAAAAACAAACCAUUUAAGCUCGGAACAGCUAAACUAAGCCGCUUUCAAUUCUACUGGCACGACAUCCAAAGCGGAUCAAACCCGACCACCAUUAACAUCAUCAAACCACCACCUAGAAACACCUCAUCCACCACCGGAUUCGGCAUUGUUAACAUGAUAGAUGACCCAUUGACGGAUAGGCCCGAUAAUGGUUCAAGGAUGUUGGGCCGGGCCCAAGGGUUUUACGGGCUGGUUUCGCAAGAGGAAUAUGUGUUGUUAAUGUCGAUGACGUUUGUGUUUACGACCGGGAGGUAUAGUGGGAGCACGUUGACGGUGUUGGGGCGGAAUCCGGUGUUUCAGAAGGUGAGGGAAAUGCCGGUGAUCGGCGGUACCGGGCUGUUUAGGUUUGCUAGAGGGUAUGUUCAUGCGACCACUCAUACAUUCAAUAUGCAAACACGAGAUGCUAUUGUUAGGUAUAAUGUUUAUGUGUUACAUUAUUGAAAGUGUAGUGUUGAUAUUUUUUAAUAAGGGAAUAAAUAAUAAAUAAUAAAAGAGUCACACUUUUAGACA